AAGAGAAGCCUACUAAACAAUCCCAAGUAAUCGAACGGAGAUGGUGGUUGGAACGGAGAACGCGACGGCGAAGACAGCGGCGUCUGGUGAAUGUGGCGAGAUACUUAAGCCACGCACUGACAAGAGAGACUAUAGGAGGAUUGUUCUCAAGAAUUCGCUGGAGGUGUUGUUAAUCAGCGACCCAGAGACUGAUAAGUGUGCUGCUUCAAUGAACGUUAGCGUCGGGUCGUUCUCGGACCCGGACGGAUUGGAAGGGCUAGCUCAUUUCCUUGAGCAUAUGCUGUUUUAUGCUAGUGAAAAAUACCCUGAGGAAGAUAGUUACUCCAAGUAUAUUACAGAGCAUGGAGGGAGCACAAAUGCUUAUACAUCCACUGAAGAUACAAACUACCAUUUCGAUAUCAACACAGAUUCUUUUGAUGAAGCUUUGGACAGGUUUGCACAGUUCUUUAUCCAACCACUCAUGUCAACUGAUGCCACCAUGAGGGAGAUCAAGGCUGUCGGGUCUGAGCAUCAGAAAAAUUUGUUGUCUGAUUCUUGGCGUAUGGGCCAGUUACAGAAGCAGUUAAGUAGAGAAGACCAUCCAUAUCACAGAUUUAACACAGGGAACAUGGAUACUCUUCAUGUACGACCCCAAGCAAAUGGAGUGGAUACAAGGAGUGAACUAAUUAAAUUCUAUGAUGAACACUAUUCUGCCAACAUCAUGCAUUUGGUUGUUUAUGGCAAGGAAAAUCUUGAUAAAACUCAAGGUCUAGUGGAAGAGUUGUUCCAGGGAAUUCGAAACACCAACCUGGGUAUUCCUAGAUUUCCUGGUCAGCCGUGUACUCUAGACCAUUUGCAGGUUCUCGUGAAGGCUGUUCCUAUAAUGCAGGGUCACGAGCUUAGUGUUUCAUGGCCUGUAACUCCUAGCAUCUAUCAUUAUGAAGAGGCACCAUGCAGGUAUCUUGGUGAUCUAAUUGGUCAUGAAGGCGAAGGAAGUUUGUUUCAUGCCUUAAAAAUCUUAGGUUGGGCAACAGGACUGUAUGCUGGCGAAGCAGACUGGAGUAUGGAAUAUUCUUUCUUCAAUGUUUCGAUUGAUCUUACUGAUGCUGGUCAUGAGCAUAUGCAAGAUAUUUUAGGGUUGUUGUUCAAACACAUUAAGGUUUUACAACAGUCUGGUGUUUCCCAGUGGAUUUUUGAUGAGCUCUCAGCUAUAUGUGAGGCAGAAUUUCAUUAUCAAGGCAAGAUAGACCCAAUUUCUUAUGCAGUGGAUAUUUCAUCAAACAUGACGAUAUAUCCAACCAAGCAUUGGCUGGUUGGAUCAUCACUGCCUUCGAAAUUUAAUCCAGCUAUUGUACAAAAGGUUCUCGAUGAGCUUUCUCCCAAUAAUGUUCGAAUCUUUUGGGAGUCAAAUAAAUUUGAAGGUCAAACUGACAAGGUUGAGCCAUGGUAUAACACUGCUUAUUCUCUUGAGAAGUUAACCAAAUUCAUUAUUCAGGAGUGGGUGCAGUCUGCCCCUGAUGUAAACCUGCUUCUACCAACACCUAAUGUCUUCAUUCCUACGGAUUUUUCAUUAAAGGAUUUAAAGGAUAAGGAUAUCUUUCCUGUUUUGUUGAGAAAGACAUCAUACUCAAGAUUGUGGUAUAAGCCUGAUACAAAGUUCUUCAAACCGAAGGCAUAUGUUAAGAUGGAUUUCAACUGCCCCCUUGCAGUCAGCUCCCCUGACGCUGCGGUUCUUUCGGAUAUUUUUGUUUGGUUGCUAGUGGCCUAUUUGAAUGAAUAUGCUCUCAUCAAUCUUUACUAUGUUUCAGCUUAUUAUGCUCAAACUGCUGGUCUUGACUAUGGAUUAAGUCUUUCGGACAAUGGUUUUGAGCUCUCUCUUGCUGGCUUUAAUCACAAAUUGAGGAUCUUGCUGGAAGCUGUCAUUCAAAAGAUAGCAAACUUCGAAGUUAAACCUGACAGGUUUUCCGUUAUCAAGGAAACAGUCACAAAGGCAUACCAAAAUAACAAAUUCCAACAGCCAUAUGAACAAGCAACGAAUUACUGCUCACUAGUAUUACAAAAUCAGAUUUGGCCUUGGACAGAGGAACUAGAUGCUCUUUCUCAUUUGGAAGCUGAAGACUUGGCUAAAUUCGUCCCAAUGCUGUUAUCAAGGACAUUUGUUGAGUGCUAUAUAGCAGGAAAUGUUGAGAAGGAAGAAGCUGAGUCAAUGGUCAAGCAUAUUGAAGAUGUUCUUUUUACCAACCCAAAACCUAUUUGUCGUCCGUUAUUUCCAUCCCAGUUCCUGACAAAUAGGGUUACAGAGCUCGGAACAGGAAAGACAUACUUUUACCAUCAGGAAGGUUCAAACUCCAGUGAUGAAAAUUCUGCUCUAGUGCAUUAUAUUCAGGUUCAUCAAGAUGAAUAUUCCAUGAACAGUAAACUCCAGCUUUUCGAGCUAAUUGCAAAGCAAGCCACGUUUCACCAGCUUAGAACGAUUGAGCAACUUGGCUACAUCACUUUGCUUUCUCUGAGGUACAUAGGAGUUUCUCGUGUGUUUGAAUAUUUACUGAGUUCAUGCAUAACCACUUUUCUGCAACACAGCAACGAAUCUGGCGUCUAUGGUGUACAGUUCAUUAUCCAGUCUUCAGAUAAGGGUCCUGGACAUAUUGAUUCGAGAGUUGAGUCACUACUAAAGGACCUUGAGAGUAAACUUUACAAUAUGAGCGAUGAAGAAUUCAAGAGCAAUGUAACAACUUUGAUAGACAUGAAGCUUGAAAAAGACAAGAACUUGGACGAGGAAUCCUGGUUUUACUGGGCAGAGAUUCAAACUGGGACACUCAAAUUCAACCGCAUAGAUGCAGAGGUUGCUGCACUGAGAGAGCUAAAGAAGGAAGAAUUGAUAGAUUUCUUUGACGAAUACAUAAAGACAUUCAUAAGAGCAAAGAAGAAGACUCAGCGUAGACUAAAACUAUCCCAAAGUAAUCGAAGGGAGAUGGCGGUUGAAACGGAGACCACGACGGCGACGGCGGAUGGAAGUGACACCAUACUAAAGGCACGUACGGACAAGAGAGAGUAUAGGAGGAUUGUACUCAAAAAUUCGCUGGAGGUGUUGUUGAUCAGCGACCCAGAGACUGACAAGUGUGCUGCUUCAAUGAACGUUAGCGUCGGGUCGUUCUCGGACCCGGACGGAUUGGAAGGCCUUGCCCAUUUCCUUGAGCAUAUGCUAUUUUAUGCAAGUGAAAAAUUCCCUGAGGAACAUGGUUUGUUCAAGUAUGUCAAUGAGCAUGGAGGGAGCUCAAAUGCUUAUACAUCCACUGAAGAUACAAACUACCAUUUUGAUAUCAACACUGAUUCUUUUGAUGAAGCUUUGGACAGGUUUGCACAGUUCUUUAUCAAACCACUGAUGUCAGCUGAUGCCACCAUGAGGGAGAUCAAAUCUGUCGACUCUGGUAACAUGGAUACUCUCUGUGUACAACCCGAAGCAAAAGGAAUAGAUAUAAGGAGUGAGCUAAUUAAGUUCUAUGAUGAACACUAUUCUUCCAACAUCAUGCAUCUGGUUGUUUAUGGCAAGGAAAGCCUUGAUAAAACUCAAGGUCUAGUGGAAGAGUUAUUCCAAGAAAUUAGAAACACCGACAAGAGUAUUCCUAGAUUUCCUGGUCAGCCGUGUACUGUAGACCAUUUGCAGGUUCUUGUGAAGGCUGUUCCCAUAAGGCAGGGUCACGAGCUUACUGUUUCAUGGCCUGUAACUCCUAGCAUCCAUCAUUAUGAAGAAGCACCAUGCAGGUACAUUGGUCGUCUAAUUGGUCAUGAAGGCGAAGGAAGUUUGUUUCAUGCCUUGAAAAUGAGGGGUUGGGCAACGAGUCUGCAUGCUGGUGAAGCAGGGUGUACCAUGGAGUAUUCUUUCUUCAAUGUUUCAAUUAAUCUUACUGAUGCUGGCCAUGAGAAUAUUCAAGAUAUUGUAGGGUUGUUGUUCAGACAAAUUAAGCUUUUACAACUGUCUGGUGUUUCCCAGUGGAUUUUUGAUGAGAUGUACCCAACCAAGCAUUGGCUGGUUGGAUCAUCACUGCCAUCGAAAUUUAAUCCAGCUACUGUGGAAAAGGUUCUAGAUGAUCUUUCUCCAGAUAAUGUUCGAAUCUUUUGGAAAUCAAAUAAAUUUGAAGGGCAAACUGACAAGGUUGAGCCAUGGUAUAACACUGCUUAUUCUCUUGAGAAGAUAUCCAAACUCACCAUUCAGGAGUGGGUGCAGUCUGCUCCUGAUGAAAACCUGCAUCUACCAACACCUAAUGUCUUCAUUCCUACGGAUUUUUCAUUAAAGGAUUUUGAUGAUGAGAAUCAAGUUCUGAAACAGGAUAAUAUAUUUCCUGUUUUGUUGAGAAAGACAUCAUUCUCAAGAUUGUGGUAUAAGCCUGAUACAAAGUUCUUCAAACCAAAGGCGUACGUUAAGAUGGAUUUCAACUGCCCCCUUGCACUCAGCUCUCCCGACGCUGCGGUUCUUUCAAAUAUUUUUGUUUGGUUGCUGGUGGACUAUUUGAAUGAAUAUGCUUAUUAUGCUCAGGUUGCUGGUCUUCACUAUGGAUUAAGUCUUUCUAACAAUGGUUUUGAGCUCUCUCUUGAUGGCUUUAAUCACAAAUUGAGGAUCUUGCUGGAAGCUGUCAUUGAAAAGAUAUCAAAUUUUGAAGUCAAACCCGACCGGUUUUCUGUUAUCAAGGAAACAGUCACAAAGGCAUACAGAAAUUACAAAUUUCGACAACCAUAUCAUCAAGCAAUGAGUUACUGCUCAAUGGUAUUACAAGAUCACUCUUGGCCUUGGACAGAGAAACUAGAUGCUCUUUCUUGUUUGAAAGCUGAAGACUUGGUGAAUUUCGUUCCAAUGUUGUUAUCGAGGACAUUUGUUGAGUGCUAUAUUGCAGGAAAUGUUGAGAAGAGCGAAGCUGAGUCAAUGGUCAAGCAUAUUGAAGAUGUUCUCUUUAACGACCCAAAACCUAUCUGUCGUCCGUUAUAUCCAUCCCAGUUCCUGACAAGCCGAGUUGCAGAGCUCGAAGCAGGAAUGAAAUACUUCUACCAUCAAGAAGGCUCAAACCCCAGCGAUGAAAACUCUGCUCUAGUGCAUUAUAUUCAGGUUCAUCAAGAUGAAUUUUCCAUGAAUAUCAAACUUCAGCUUUUUAAACUUAUCACAAAGCAAGCCACUUUUCACCAGCUUAGGACUGUCGAGCAACUUGGUUACAUCGCUUCACUAUCUCAAAGAAACGACUCUGGUGUCUAUGGUCUACAGUUCUUUAUUCAGUCUUCAGUUAAGGGUCCUGGACAUAUUGAUUCAAGGGUCGAGUCACUACUCAAUGAUCUUGAGAGUAAACUUUACAAUCUGAGCGAUGACGAAUUUAUGAGCAAUGUAACAGCUUUGAUAGACAUAAAGCUUGAAAAACACAAGAACUUGAAUGAGGAAUCCGGGUUUUACUGGGGAGAGAUUAAACAAGGGACACUUAAAUUCAACCGCAAAGAUGCAGAGGUGGCUGCACUGAGAGAGCUAAAGAAGGAAGAAUUGAUAGAUUUCUUUGACGAAUACAUAAAGCAAAGAUUCAGCAAAAGUAAUCCAACAUCGAUGGCGAUUGAGAACGCCGCUGCGGCCACGAAUGCGGCCGAUAAAGGUGGCGAGAUACUUAAGGCACGUACGGACAAGAGAGAGUAUCGGAGGAUUGUUUUGAAGAAUUCGCUGGAGGUGUUGUUAAUCAGCGACCCAGAGACUGACAAGUGUGCUGCUUCAAUGAACGUUAGCGUCGGAUCUUUCUCGGACCCACAAGGAUUGGAAGGCCUUGCUCAUUUCCUUGAGCAUAUGCUGUUUUAUGCAAGUGAAAAAUACCCUGAGGAAGAUAGUUACUCCAAGUAUAUUACAGAGCAUGGAGGGAGCACAAAUGCUUAUACAUCCACUGAAGAUACAAAUUACCAUUUCGAUAUCAACACUGAUUCUUUUGAUGAGGCUUUGGACAGGUUUGCACAGUUCUUUAUCCAACCAUUGAUGUCAGCUGAUGCCACCAUGAGGGAGAUUAAGGCUGUUGACUCUGAGAAUCAGAAAAACUUGUUGUCUGAUUCUUGGCGUAUGCAUCAGUUAAAGAAGCAUCUAAGUAGAGAAGACCACCCAUAUCACAAAUUUAAUACAGGGAACAUCGAUACUCUUCAUGUACGACCCGAAGCAAAUGGAGUGGAUACAAGGAGUGAACUUAUUAAAUUCUACGAGAAACACUAUUCUGCCAACACCAUGCAUCUGGUUGUUUAUGGCAAAGAAAACCUUGAUAAAAUUCAAGGUCUAGUGGAAGAGAUGUUCCAGGAAAUUCGAAACACCAACACGGAAAUUCCUCGAUUUCCUGGUCAGCCGUGUACUCAGGAACAUUUGCAGGUUCUUGUGAAAGCUGUUCCUAUAAAGCAGGGCCAUAAUCUUACUGUUUCGUGGCCUGUAACUCCUAGCAUCCAUCAUUAUGAAGAAGCACCAUGCACGUACGUUGGUCAUCUAAUUGGUCAUGAAGGCAAAGGAAGUUUGUUUCAUGCUUUAAAAAUCUUGGGUUGGGCAACGGGACUGUGUGCUGGCGAACCAGACUGGACUAUGGAGUAUUCUUUCUUCAAUGUUUCGAUUAAUCUUACUGAUGCUGGGCAUGAGCAUAUGCAAGAUAUUUUAGGGUUGUUGUUCAGACAUAUUAACCUUUUACAACAAUCUGGUGUUUCCCAGUGGAUUUUUGAUGAGCUCUCAGCUAUAUGUGAGGCAGAGUUUCAUUAUCAAGCCAAAAUAGACCCACUUUCUUAUGCAGUGAAUAUUUCAUCAAACAUGACGAUAUACCCAACCAAGCAUUGGCUGAUUGGAUCGUCACUGCCUUCAAAAUUUAAUCCAGCUAGUGUGCAAAAGGUUAUCGAUGAUCUUUCUCCAGAUAAUGUUCGAAUCUUUUGGGAGUCAAAUAAAUUUGAAGGGCAAACUGACAAGGUUGAGCCAUGGUAUAACACUGCUUAUUCUCUUGAGAAGAUAUCCAAAUUCACCAUUCAGGAGUUGGUGCAGUCUGCACCUGAUGUAAACCUGUUUCUACCAACAUCUAAUGUCUUCAUUCCUACGGAUUUUUCAUUGAAGCAUUUUACGGAUAAGAAUCAAGUUCUCGAACAAGAUAAUAUAUUUCCUGUUUUGCUGAGAAAAACAUCCUUCUCAAGAUUGUGGUAUAAGCCUGAUACAAAGUUCUUCAAACCAAAGGCAUAUGUUAAUAUGGAUUUUAACUGCCCCCUUGCGGUCAGCUCUCCUGACGCUGUAGUUCUUUCAAAUCUUUUUGUUUGGUUGCUGGUAGACUAUUUGAAUGAAUAUGCUUAUUAUGCUCAAGCUGCUGGUCUUGACUAUGGAUUAAGUCUUUCGGACAAUGGUUUUGAGCUCUCUCUUGUUGGCUUUAAUCACAAAUUGAGGAUCUUGCUGGAAGCUAUCAUUCAAAAGAUAGCAAACUUCGAAGUUAAACCUGACAGGUUUUCUGUUGUCAAGGAAACGGUCAUAAAGGCAUACCAAAAUUACAAAUUCCGACAACCACAUAAUCAAGCAAUGAGUUACUGCUCAAUGGUAUUACAAGAUCACACUUGGCCUUGGACAGACGAACUAGAUGCUCUUUCUCAUUUGGAAGCUGAAGACUUGACAAAUUUCGUUCCGAUGUUAUUAUCGAGGACAUUUGUUGAAUGCUACAUAGCAGGAAAUGUUGAGAAGGACGAAGCUGAGUCAAUGGUCAAGCAUAUUGAAGAUGUUCUCUUUAAGGACCCAAAACCUAUCUGUCGUCCGUUAUAUCCAUCCCAGUUCCUGACAAGCCGAGUUGCAGAGCUCGGAACAGGAAUGAAAUACUUCUACCAUCAAGAAGGCUCAAACCCCAGCGAUGAAAAUUCUGCUCUAGUGCAUUAUAUCCAGGUUCAUCAAGAUGAAUUUUCCAUGAAUAGUAAACUUCAGCUUUUCGAACUAAUUGCAAAGCAAGCCACGUUUCACCAGCUUAGAACGAUUGAGCAACUUGGUUACAUCACUUCACUUUCUCAAAGAAACGACUCUGGUGUCUAUGGUGUACAGUUCAUUAUCCAGUCUUCAGUCAAGGGUCCUGGACAUGUAGAUUCGAGGGUCGAGUCACUACUCAAGGAUCUUGAGAGUAAACUUUACAAGAUGAGUGAUGAGGAAUUUAAGAGCAAUGUAACAGCUUUGAUAGACAUGAAGCUUGAAAAGCACAAGAACUUGAGCGAAGAAUCCUUGUUUUACUGGGGAGAGAUUCAAGAAGGGACACUCAAAUUCAACCGUAUAGACGCAGAGGUGGCUACUCUGAGAGAGAUAAAGAAGGAAGAAUUGAUAGAUUUUUUCGACGAAUACAUAAAGGUUGGCGCACCAAAAAAGAAAUCGCUGAGCGUACGCGUUUACGGAAACCAGCAUUUGAAGGAAAUGCCAUCUGACAAGGACAAAGUUGUAUCACCAUCCGUAGAAAUCGAAGACAUUGUUGGUUUCAGAAAGUCUCAAUCACUUUACGGAUCGUUGAAAGGAUGUAGCCAGCUGAAACUGUGAGGAGAUCCCACAAUUCUUUUCAAGUAAUAUAUACACAAACAAACACUUAUAUCCCAAAACGACAUUUUAUACUUGAAUCUGUAUUAGAAAACAGAGCUUUAUCGUUUAAGCUCUGUUGAUUGUAGCUUUUGUCGAACAAAGACAAUAACAAAGACUUGUUACCUAC